UCUGGAAUAAGAGUGCAGGAAUCUACUCGAUGGAGACUCCCGUUUAAUGAAAGAAGACGACUUUCAGAAUGGAGACACCAGGGUAAACACCGGGCCCAGGUCACAGCGACCGAGGAACACAAUCCAACCCAGUUCCUGCCUUCGUCCCAGAUAGAGACAAAUGUGGCAGGUGAAUGUCGCAACAUUUAAUUCCACUCCUCCAGCUGAAGCUCCGCAGACACCGAACACAGUGAGCCAUGGCCUGCUGGACGUAUCUGCGUCCUAUUCUCUUCAGCAUCGUGGCGGUGCUGUGCUUUCUCCACCUUUUCCUCUCGUACAGGUCUGACAUCCAGUACCCCAACUUUGGAAUUUACACGGGUCGCUUCUGUCCUGCAUUUCUGUGUGCAGAGAAAGCGCAGACCAAUGAGUCAAACCCCGACAACUCCACAGAGCUCCACAAUAACCCGAAUUCCAAUCGAACCCAGAAGAUCCAGGCAGCAGCAAUGGAUGCUGAGCCUGACACACUUUUGCUGAUCUGGAUGUGGCCAUUUGGCUUCAAAUUUGAUCUCAACUGCAACGGUUUCAAUUUGUCAAGAUGCCGCAUAACAGAUGAUAAGAGCCUCUACCAUAAAGCCCACGGGCUUUUGUUCCACCACAGGGACAUAAAUGGACAGCUAUCAAAUAUGCCCAAAUUGCCACGCCUCACUUUUCAGAAAUGGGUGUGGUUUAAUAUGGAGUCACCCACAAACUCACAUCCAAUCCCUGGACUUAAUCGAGUCUUCAACUUGACGUGCAACUAUCGCCUUGAUUCAGAUAUCCCAGUGCCUUAUGGAUAUCUGGAACCAGUGACAUCUGAAGAUCAGAGUUUUAAAUUGCCGGCGAAGGACAAGUUGGUGUGUUGGAUAGUGAGCAACUGGAACCCGGAGCACAGGAGAGUCCAGUUCUACAAUGAACUGAGGAAACACGUCGAGGUCCAUACUUAUGGCCGCACCUUUGGCAAAACUCUAAGUGACCAAGAAUAUCAAAACACAGUUUUGAGUUGUAAAUUCUACCUCUCUUUUGAAAACUCCAACGACAGAGACUACAUCACAGAGAAGCUGUACAGGCCUAUGACAAUAGGAAGUGUCCCCAUCGCUCUGGGCCCUUCAAGACAAAUGUAUGAGGACCACGUCCCAGCUGAUUCUUUCAUUCAUGUCAACGACUUUUCUACUGCAAAGAAGUUGGCACAGCGGCUACUUUACCUUGACCAGAAUCCUGUGGAGUACAUGCGAUUCUUUAACUGGACAAGCAUGUUUAAAGUAAAACAUACUUAUUUUGGAAGAGAUCACGCAUGCAAAACCUGUAAAUACUUACAAAACCACAGGGGGUACCAAGCUGUUAAUGAUCUGAACGGUUGGUACUGGGGUUGAGUAACACACAGUUUAAUGACACCUCAGGUCACUAUAUGACCUGAAGUAUCAUUGUCACAAAUGCUCUUUAUUGAUUCGUUAUUCAUAUAAUUUGAAUAGCUUUUUACAUUUUUCUUUUUUUCUUUACUUUUAUGUGUUUAUCUCGCUUUCUCAAACCAGACCAAAGAAAAGCGAUGACCUAACCCCAAUUAUGUGUUCUUAUUAUGGGGUUAUGUAUGUGUGUAAGUGUGUGUGUGUGUGUGUGUGUGUAUGUGCGUGUGUUCCUCAUUUUGCGUGAAUUUCCCUUUGUUGUUUGUUUCAAUCAAGUCAUUUAUUUAUUUAUGUUGUAUGAUUAUUAUUGUAUAUAAUGAUUGAUUGAAUAUAAUAUAUUCAUACUGACUGCGCAACAACACGCGGUUCCUCAGGAACAAAUGGAGGUCUAACGAAUGAACCUAACAUUUAAAUGUAUUUAUUCAUUUAGUUUUUCAUAAAAAAUUGGUUGUAUUAUGAAUGGCCGACGCAACAAAAUUUAAUUUCUUCAAUCAAAUCAGAAAUAACAUUCCUCAUAAAUAGGGUUGGGUACCGAAACCCGGUGCCAAUAUGGUACCGGUUCCAAUACAACCGGUAUUACCCGGACCGAAACGCAACGCACAUUCCGGUGCUUCUUUCCGGUGCCUGAGCCGAUUGAAAUUGAAAAAAACUAUUGUUGUGAACUUCUCUGGUGACUCCGCCCUGUCAGCAGGUUGCGAGCCUCUCAUAUUUAACUCUGACAGCGGAGGUUGCGCCGUGUGUGACUACGUGAACCCGUGUGGAGCACACCAGCGUCAGGCUGGGCGCGACGGGGAGACCGUCACCGGUCCCCCUGAACACGUGGAGACCGAUUAUGACAAGCAGCCUUAACUCAGAUUAGUACCGGAACGUUGAUUGCAAGUCUUGCAUUCAUAAAAGUAGGCCAAGAAAUAAUAAAUUAGCCAUUAUAACCAUGCUUAAGCUAGCUCGUAGCGAGCGUGACAGUCUGCUAGCAGAUGUGUUGAUGUCCAGCGAUCCCGGCUGUAUACCCGGUGUUACCGGGAAUAUAAUGACGGAGGAAUAAAGACCGUGGGGCGUCACUUUGUUUCAGUGUAACUCUCGCUGUCAGAAGCAAAACUUUAUUUGUCACGUGUCAUCUUCAGUACCUCUGAUUGGUUGUUCUCUUUGCCCAUCAAAACAGUGACAGGAUUAACCCUAUAAAGUCUGCACAUGACAAUACAUAUCACAUCAUAUCAUGGAGAACAUAUAUUGUGUAUGUUAACAGUCUGAUAUCCGUUGUGUGUCGGUGCUCCAUGAUAACGGCUUCUACAGGGAAUAUGGCCGAAGAGGUUUUUAAUGUCCUCAUUGUGCGUUUAAAAAAAAGUAUCGGUUCAGGCACCGUUUAGGCACCGGUAUCGUUUUAAAAGUACCGGUUUAGCACCGGUAUCGGAAAAAACCCAAACGAUACCCAUCCCUACUCAUAAAUAAUUGCCACUCUUUUUAACUGAAUGGGGAUUCUGUUCAUAUGAUGUUAUACAUUAACAUAAUUGAUAAAUGAACUUAAUUUGAACAAAAAUGUUGACAAAAACUAAAUAGACAGGUCAUUUUAAACCCUGUUUACCGUUGGGAUAUUUAUAUCGGGUCAUUUUGUCAGUGUUUGAAUAGGUUUGUUCCCGAGCAUCGACACUUGCCCCAUAAUUACUGUAAAUAUAUAUUCUAUUCUUUUCAGGACUAAUGAAUGUUAAUUAUUUAACUCCACACAGAAGAAGUUGUCAAACGUACAAACAGUGAUGACCCCUCCACUUCACUCGGAGGGGUCUGGGUUGAUUCUUUGUAUUUCAGGAUGUUGCUUGUCAGUUGAUGAGCUGCUCCUGAGCUGCAGGGGUUGCAGUCGAAACGUUCUUUUUAAAAACAUGACCCUGUGAAAGCUUUUGUUCUGUUGCCUGCAGGCAAUCAAACAGCUUAUUUUCACUCGUGCAUUAUCAAUGAAACUGUUCACUAUCAAUAUCUUCCUUUGUGCAAUAAUGUAGAUUCAACGGUUUGAUUAUAUGCAGAUUUUUAACAGUUUAAUAAAGUAUGAUAGGCCUUGAUUGUUUCGUUUUUUACUGAUGCUUCUUGUUAUUGAGAAUGAGGCUUCGUUCAGUGACAAUUUGCAAUAUUUAAUGUUUAUCUUAUUUCUUUAUUUCUUUAUUUUUGUACAAUCAAUCCAUAUAAAAUGUAACAAAGUUGUCACUGUCUGUUCAUAUUAAUCUAAAUGAAUACAAGUAGUUUAUGACUAUGAUUAUAAGUGUUGUUCAUUGACAAUUUGCAAUAUUAACUGUUCAUCUUAUUUUAAUUUAUUAUUUCUAUGUUUCAAAGUAAAUCAAGACAUGUUAAAUGUAACGAAAGGGUUGUCACUGUCAAUUCAUAUUGGUCUAAAUUAAUCCCAGUAGUUUAUGACUGUAUGAGGAUAAUUGUUUGCAAUACAUCUGAAAUAUUGUUUAUCUUA